AAGUCAUUGAAGGGCCGGAAACUUCACGACGACGUCCGCAGCCUAAAUAUGGCAGACUUCCUAGAGCCAGAAAGAAUAAUAAACUGGAAGGAAAGAUGCAUGGUUAUGGAAGCUCAAUUAAUGAAGUUUCGCCUUCAAGCCAGCAAAAUUAGAGAACUGCUUGCAGAGAAGAUGCAGCAACUUGAAAAACAAGUUACUGAUGCAGAUCGUCAAGCAGAAAAGGCUUUUCAGCAGGUGCAGAUUAUGGAGGAGAAGCUGAAAGCUGCUAAUGUCCAAACAAGUGAGUCAGAGACACGCUUAUAUAAGAGAUGCCAAGACCUGGAGAUUCUGGUUCAAGAGAAAGAUGAUGCUAUCCAGAAUCUGGAACAACAGCUUGUAGAGCAGAAGGAAAUCAGAAUACAAGAAGCUAAAAUUAUAGAAGAAAAAGCAGCUAAGAUUAAGGAAUGGGUGACUAUCAAGCUUCAUGAGCUAGAAACAGAGAAUCAGAACCUCCGUACGAUCAAUCAAAACCAAACUGAAGAGAUUAAGCUGUUGCAGACUAAAUUACAAGAGCUUCAGGGGAAGAAGUCUGUUUCUUCAUCACAAAAACCGGGAGAAGGCCAGCGACUGAGCAGUUUGACUUUUGGAUGCUUCUUAAACAGAGCAAGAAGUCCUCAACAAGUUCCUAAACCUGAAAAUGCAAGCAGUUCUGCCUCAAAACAAGUUGAUCUUAACGAAAAUCCCAAAAGUCUAGAGAAUGAAAUUCAGGAAACAGCCCUUGCUGGACAAAUACAUGGAAAUAAUAGAAGUCUGAAACCAUUGCAGCAAAAUACUUGCAUUCCUGAACAAAGGAUGGCAGCAAAGUCGAAAGAUAUAGAUAAUAAUAUAUCAAAGAAUUCUUGCAUUACAGUCAGUGACUGGAGCUCUGAUGAAGAAGGAAGCAAAGGAAGAUUGAAAUCCAGAUGUGUAUCUACAUUUUCAAGUCACACAUCUGAAGAAGGCACAGGGUACAGUAGAAUAGGGAGCGAAAUGUAUUUGACAGCAUCAGAUGACAGUAGUUCCAUGUUGGAAGAAGAAAGUUUUCAAGCUCAGGGAAAUGUACAUAAACUAUAUUCCUGGCAACAAGAGUCUUCAUGGAAAAAUCAGAACCAUCUAAUUGGAAAGAGCAACUUGAAAUCAUUCAGUGAAAAAAAAAGUCAUGAUAGCUUUUCAGAUGAACUGAAUAAGAGAUUUCAAUCCCACAGGCUAGAUUAUUCAUCCUCUUCUAGUGAAGCAAAUACUCCAAGUCCAAUUUUGACCCCAUCUUUGGCUCCUAAGCAUCCAUCAUUGAUGCUGGCAGCAAGCUCUCAGUCUGGCAAGCUGCUUGAUUCUCCAUCUAAUCUGCCACCGCCCAAACUGAGGACUCCAAGUGCUUUUAUUCUGAGUACAGCAUUGGCCAAAAAACAUUUUAGCCAGCCUUCCUUGUGUUCAGACAAACUGUUUGGCAAAAACAGGAAUGCUAUAAGCAUGAUACGGCCUUUUAAGCCUCAGGAAACAGACAUUGAUCAGGUAGAUGGAGAUGACACAGAAGUUUUUGAGAAGAUGGAGAUUAGUUGUAAUGAGGAAUCAUUUACUUAUGAUUGCUGUGAAAUGAAAGAUAUAGAAACCCUGGAUUUGAGCGAUUCAGGGAAGAUGAUUAACAGUAAACCUCCUACUCCUCCACUCCAUCGAUUCCCCUCUUGGGAAAACAGAAUUUAUGCUGUAGCCAAAUCAGGUCUGUGCUUUUCUGAGGUCUUCAACAUGGACUCCUUCAAUAAAAAUUCCUCCUCUUCAUCUUCAUAUUCUCCAUCAGGACUCUACACAUCAUUAAUAUAUAAGAACAUGACUACACCAGUUUAUACCACUCUUAAAGGGAAAGCAACACAAAUCAGUAACAACCCAUUCUUAGAUGAUUCCUCUGGGUCUGAAGAAGAGGGUUCCCAAUCCAGUUCACGGACAUCUGAAUCAGAUUCUCGAAGCAGAAGUGGUCCUGGUAGCCCACGGGCUAUGAAACGAGGGGUCUCUCUGUCUUCAAUGACUUCAGAAGGUGACUAUGCCAUUCCUCCUGAUGCCUAUUCAACUGAUACAGAUUACUCAGAACCAGAACAAAAAUUGCCUAAAACCUGUUCAUCGUCUAGUGAUAAUGGAAAAAAUGAACUUCUAGAGAAAUCUGGAUACUUGUUAAAAAUGAGUGGUAAAGUUAAGACUUGGAAACGACGAUGGUUUGUACUCAAAGGGGGUGAAUUGCUUUACUAUAAAUCUCCGAGUGAUGUAAUAAGAAAACCCCAAGGUCAAAUUGAAUUAAGUGCAUCCAGCCAUAUUGUAAGAGGUGAUGGAAAACAAACAGUUCAGCUGACUACAGAAAAGCGAACUUAUUACAUGACUGCAGAUUCCCCAAAUAUCUUAGAAGAUUGGAUCAAAGUAUUACAAAAUGUCCUUAAAGUACAAGCUGCGAGCCCACUUUUUAUUCAACCAGAUGUUAAACCAGCAGUGAAAGGCUUGCUUACUAAGGUGAAACAUGGAUAUUCCAAAACAGUGUGGUGUAUGCUGGUUGGGAAAACUUUAUAUUAUUUCCGCAGCCAUGAAGACAAGUUUCCCUUGGGCCAGAUAAAGCUAUUAGAAGCUAAAGUUGAAGAAGUUGAUCGAUCCUGUGAUUCAGAUGAAGAUUAUGAAGCCAGUGGUCGCAGCUUAUUAUCAACACAUUUUACCAUUGUCAUCCAUCCUAAGGAACAAGCACCCACAUAUCUUCUAAUAGGAUCCAAGUAUGAGAAGGAUACUUGGCUUUAUUAUCUCACCGUUGCUGCUGGAAGCACAAAUAUAAAUGUUGGGACAGAGUUUGAACAGCUUGUCUGCAAACUGUUAAAUAUUGAAGGAGAACCCACUUCUCAGAUCUGGAGGCAUCCCACUCUUUGUCAUAGCAAAGAUGGAAUUACUUCUCCUCUUACAACCCUUCCAUCAGAGGCUCUGCAAACAGAAGCUAUAAAAUUAUUCAAGACAUGCCAGUUGUUUAUUAAUGCUGCUGUGGAUUCUCCUGCUAUUGACUAUCAUGUGUCUUUGGCCCAAAGUGCAUUGCAAGUCUGUCUCACACAUCCAGAGCUUCAGAAUGAAAUCUGUUGUCAGUUGAUAAAACAAACAAGAAGACGACAGCCGCCAAAUCAAAUAGGACCAGUUCAGGCCUGGCAGCUUUUAGCACUCUGUGUUGGACUCUUCCUCCCACAGCACCCAUUCCUUUGGUUUAUCAAACUUCAUUUGAACAAGAAUGCAGAUUCCAGGACUGAAUUUGGAAAAUAUGCAAUUUACUGUCAACGAUGUGUAGAAAGAACACAACAGAAUGGUGACAGAGAAGCCAGACCAUCAAGAAUGGAAAUUCUUUCAACACUUCUAAGAAAUCCCUACCAUCACUCCUUGCCUUUUAGCAUUCCAGUACAUUUCACGAAUGGCAUAUACCAGGUUGUUGGGUUUGAUGCUUCUACCACGGUUGAAGAAUUUUUGAACACACUUAAUCAGGAUACAGGAAUGAGAAAACCUACGCAAUCAGGAUUUGCUCUAUAUACUGAUGAUCCUUCCGGCAAGGAUAUUGAACAUUGUCUUCAAGGAAACAUCAAGAUCUGUGACAUUAUUUCUAGAUGGGAGCAAGCCUCUAAAGAGCAGCAUCCAGGAAAAUGUGAAGGGACAAGAACAGUUAGGCUUACUUACAAAAAUAGGCUCUAUUUUUCAGUACAAAUCCGGGGAGAGACAGAAAGAGAAAAGCUACUGUUAAUGUAUCAGACAAAUGAUCAAAUUAUAAAUGGGUUCUUCCCUGUAAAUAAAGAUCUGGCACUAGAAUUGGCAGCACUUCUGGCCCAGGUGGAAAUAGGAGAUUUUGAAAGACCUUUCUCAACUCCAGCAGGUCAAGUAACUUCCCUGUCAAAAUCUAAUCAAAGUUUAAAACAAGUUAUAGAGAAAUUUUACCCCAAAAGAUACAGAGAUAAUUGUUCAGAAGAACAGUUAAGACAGCUUUACCAGAGAUUAUCAACCAAAUGGAUGGCUCUUCGUGGGCAUACUGCUAUAGAUUGUGUGCGCAUUUAUCUUGCUGUGGUACGGAAGUGGCCUCUCUUUGGUGCCAAGCUGUUUGCAGCAAAACUUUUGACAGUAUCCACACCAGAGAGCACAUUGAUAUGGCUUGCUGUUUCUGAAAAUGGUAUUAACAUUCUUGAAUACAACUCCAUGAGGUUAAUACUGACAUAUUUAUAUAAGAACCUAGUGACUUUUGGAGGUUAUCAAGAAGACUUUAUGUUGGUGGUAAAUAACAUGAGUACAGAAGAGAAGCAUACUGAAAAACUCUUGUUUACAUUUGCCAAACCAAAGAUCCUUGAGAUUACUCUACUUAUUGCCAGCUAUAUUAACAAUUUUCAUCAACAGAAGAAGACAGUUCAUGAAUUUUCUGCUCCACAAUCAAGAAAUCCAAAAUCUAAUGAUAUAGAAUGUCAUUCAUUUUUACUGCAAAACAGACCAACCAAAGGACCUACUUUAUUAUGAAAAGUUCAAAUAUCUAUGAAUAGUUAUGCUAAAUAUACAGUAUGUCACUUAUAUUAGGUUAUUAUUUUGAAAGAGCAGUCUGUUGUAAAUUAGAAAUUAACAAUAUCUAUUGCACGUUUAUUCUUCUACCAAGCUUGGGACUCUCAGAUGUGAACUGUAAAAAUUCAGAUGACCCCUAGAUGACAGUAAAAAUAUAGAAGAAUGAUCCUUUCUGCCUUGGCAGCUAUUUGGAUUUUUGCAUCCUAGAAGUAGUAGUCCUAGCUGAAAGCUGUGGUAUGCAAGAAAUUGUAUUUUUCUUCAUAACUAUUAGAAUAUACAAAGUACAAAAUAAUAUAUAUAUAGUA